CAAUAUUGUUUUCUGAGAGAUUUCCUACUUCCACCAGGAUGCUCCCUGGAGACCGAUGGAUACUGUGCUAGGAAGGUAUUUGAACCUAGGAUUCGGGUCCAAAGGAAGUUACAGCCGCAGGGACAACGCAGUCGCGUCCAGGACCAGCGCAGAGGCGGCCAAUCGGAACUCGGGCUGAGGCCUGGUCCCGCCCCCUCCCGCCGAGCACCGCCCCUUCUCCGUCCCGCGCUCUGGUAGGAGUGGAAGUGUGCGGCUGGCUGGUCCGGGCUCAGCCCCUAGCUGACAGGACCCUGUACCACAUUCCAGCCGGUCACGAAGUUUACGGCCCUUGCCUUGGCUGAGCUGAGUAAGAAAAAACAGCUAAGAGUAUUAUUAUUGGUAUCUGGAAUUGAAUUUGCCAGGAAUGUGAGCACCGCUUCCUCGGUAAAAAGCUUGCCUUUGGAAACACCUUCCCCCUGGGCAGCUUCCCACAGUUCAGACCUGGCAGCGUCGAGAACACAGCGCAAGAAGGCAUUUUGGAGAUCAAAGAUGGGUAGAAAAGAUGCCUCCACUAUAAAACUUCCUGUUGAUCAGUACAGAAAGCAAAUUGGUAAACAGGAUUAUAAGAAAACCAAACCUAUUUUACGAGCAACCAAAUUAAAAGCUGAAGCAAAGAAAACAGCAAUAGGCAUAAAGGAAGUUGGCCUUGUCCUUGCGGCUAUAUCGGCCCUCCUACUGGCGUUCUAUGCUUUCUUUUACCUCAGACUGUCCACAGACUUUGACCCUGAGCUGGGACCUGAUGAAGAUUAGCUGAGCAGCAAUCAGUGCAUUAUAACGGAAUAAUUUUAUAAAAGGACCUCUUGGGAACAGUGCUUUCUGAAGUACCGAAACUAUAACAUCUUGAAUUCUUUCUGCUGGUAUUUUCAGUUUGCAGAAAUAUCUUUUCAAAUAGCUGCAUAAUACAUCAAGAAAAGAACCUUAACCUAGCAAUGUAGUGUAAUGUAUGCUACCGAAUACUUUCAUAAAUCUUUCUACUUACACAGGAAACCUUUUCAUGGUACAUUUAGAUAAAAUGGAAAACAGACCCCAAACCCUUCAGAUGUUUUAGCCAAUCUACGUGUAUAACUCCAUCACUUGUAGAUUACUACGUCUAUUUUUGUUCAGAAGUAAAAGUGCAUGUCCUUAUUUACAGAAACAUACUCAUCACAUUAGAAGCCGAAGAAGGAACAAAAAGUCGUAGGAAAAUUUUCAUUUUACCAAGAAGUCCUGCUUUCUUUCCAGACAUAUUUUGUAUCAUUAGAGAGACUAUCUGCACAUACAGCCACAGUAAUCUUUUUCCUUCUUUGCCAACUGUUCAGUGCACAUGUGCUCCAUCAGAAAUGGCACCUGGAUGACAGAAGCGCAAAGAGCCACAUAUGUCUCUAAAACAGAGUUUCUUUCCUCUUAGGCUGUCUAAACGGGUGUGAGUAGAAAGUUCAGUUGAUCUUGAUUUUAAUUAACUUAUUAGUCUAUUAAUAUAAACUUGGAAUUCUAUUUUAAUUAUGUUGUUCUGGCUGCUUGCAGUAUCAGUUUGCUUCUCUUGUCAGGGAUGGAUGUAGCAAUCUGUCAUUUAAUUGUGCAGUCUUUUUCACUUAACAGUAAUAGAAGUCCUACCUUCUCGGAGUAAUUUUCAUGGGUUAUCUCUUAAAGCUGAACAAUACAAAGUUAUUUUACAAAAUUAUAUUUUGUUUCUUGACAGAUAAUCAGAAUUCUUUCAUGAAAAAUAAAUAGAAGAAAAUAUGUCUCAUUAAGUGGCGUAUGCAGUUUUCUGUUGAUAUAAUUUUUUCAAGCUAUUUUGCAUUUGUUACAAUAUAAUGACAAAUAUACUCAAUAUUUUUUACUGGUAAUGGAAUUUCUUCACAUUUCUUCACAUGAAUACAUAAGCUUAGAAAAUGGAAAAAUAUGUGUUUACUGUUAGAGUUGUUAGCUACUACCUUAUAUAAAAAUGUAUAGAAAAGGAAUAGUUUUAAGUAUGUGCACAAAAUGUUUUAUAGUAUAUACAUUCUAUUUAUGAAGAGUAAGAAAAAUGUUAAGAUUGUUUUCAUACUUGCCAAGGGAAGAAAGGUUUCAUAAAUACCCUACGUAUUCUUUGAGACUUUGCAAAUAGUGGAUGUGACUCUAGCAUUAUGUUCUGCAGAUUGUUUUCAAGUGGCAUAAUUAUUCAUCAGUGUGAAAACAGUCACAAUUUCCGAUAUCCUCACAAAUUAUUAUGCCAAACAUCUGAGGGCAAAAUUUAGACAGUGUUAUUUACUGGAUUCUUCCCCUUGAAACUUGAAAUCACAAACUCAAGAGACAGACCAAGAGUUCUUAUACACUCACCACAGCAGACCAAUCCAAAUGGCAUUUUUAAGAAAGGUUACAGCAUUUCAUGCCAUGUGCUAUGUCUGUUUGUGAAGUGGGUGGCAAGGGGAUAUCCAAGCUGGCAUUUUGGAUAUGAUGGGCCUUUUACUUUCCCAAGUGACAUGCCACAUGUCAAGAAAUACUUUUUUCCCACUCCUAUCACAUUUACGUGAACAAUUUUCAUUUAGUUAUUUCCCCUCCCAUAUGGUAUUAAAAACAGUCCUAUUAAAUAAAAUUAUUGCUAAUUUCAGUGGUAAUUUAAAUGAGAGGAUAUGUAAAAAUUGUUUAUAAGACACCAAUUCAAGUGAGAUAUAACAGAAUUUGCAGUAUAUAAAAUAGAUGAUUAUACUUUUGGAAAUGUCUGGAUAUUUAUUACUCUGAAAAAACUUCACUAUCCUGUUCUACUCUGGAGGUAUUCUUUAGGGGGAAAAUGUUCUUUUCUUUUAAAAAAAUGAAGACAUAAUCAAUAUGCAACAUUAUAUUAGUUUGAGGUACACAGCAUAGUUAUUGGACAAAAAUGUUCUUUCUGACAGUAAUAACUAUUAGUCUAAAUAUAGUAUAACAGUUGAGUUUCAUUACCUAGUUUUCUGAUACCUUGAACCUAUGGCUAGUCACUUGUGUGACUGAUGGACUUAUAUAAGUCCCAAAGGCUAAAUUCUGAUUUUAAUAAAUGGCAGGUAAAGUGAGACAAUAUAUGUUUAUAUAACACUGUUUUUGUGAAGUGCAAAUAUUUCAUACUCACAUUAACUGGGAAGCAGCCAGUCCUCUGUAGAGAAAUCCCAGAUUGAAGUCUGGUUUCAAUCUUUGAAGAGGUGGUAGUCAGCCUGCAGUUUCAGGGGACUACACUUUUGAAUAGUAAGUGGUGUUUGGCAUAAAUCUGAGACUGGCACCAGAUGUAAAUUUUAAGCAUGGGUUUUUCCCCUUCAAUAAUUGACUGCUCAGAGUAAUUCAGAAGACAAAAACAGAAAAAUUAUAAUGACUUUUCAGAAUGUUAGAAUCUGUUAACAUAUUCUGCAGAAUAAAUUGCAACUAACGCAGCAGACUUAACAUAUAGGCUAUUUGAAUGAGCUUGAAGGGUUGCUGCUUACUUUGCAUACAAAAUAAAGAAUGUAAAAAUUAUUUGAGAAAAAAAUGUAAAAAUAUAACCUCAUCUAGAAUUUCUUUGAAAACAAAUGAACAAAAAGCCUAUCUUAGUACCAGCAUAGGUUUUGUUAUUUUAAUACUUGACAAUUUUUUAUCUUUUCAACGUUUCACCAAGACAGAGGGAAUAUUCCAAUCACAACCAAUGAU